CAUCCUUUGUGGGGCUGGAUAUGCUGUGUGUCAGCCUCUGAUCAUUACAUCAGCAUCUAGGUUGUCCCAUUCCAAAUGGAGUCAUCAAACUAACUGGAAAAGUGAAGUAUACAAAAUGCAAGAAUUCAGAAGAGGUCUAUGUGUCAGACUGUGUGUGGGAGUAGUGGCGUUCAUGCUGUUCAUCUAUAUAGCUUCAAAGAAUCUGAGAGAAAAUGUUUGGUGGAAAAGAGCCCUGUUAAUGUCAACAGAGUUACCAAUCGGUUCUCUUGAUCCUACUACCAUUGAUUUGACUGAAUUAGUCAAUAAGAUGAUAAAUACAACACUUGAAGGAGAUCAACAAUACUUCUCGUUGCUAGGAGUCACUUCCCAUAGUUCCUUUGCACUCCACAAAGUGUCCAUUCUUAUAUAUAACAUUUCAAGUUUCUGGAAAAUUGAUCCAUCUAUUUUCCCAAUGAAAUAUUGUUACUGCUUAAACAACAGAAGCAAUGACUUGACAGAUUUCACUGCUAUUGUCGUUGACUUUGUGGGAAAUACCACCAGUUUCUUCAAGGAGAUUUUUAAAUCUAACUCCAUUCUCUAUGUGAGUAAAAACGAGACGGACUGCAUUUUCAUCUGUGUUAUGGCUGGUGUUAUGGACAGAGAUAUGACCUCGCUGUGGUUUUCAGAUUCACUGCAGCCAGUUAUAAAUGAAACAUUUUACAACAGGAGAUCUACUACCACUGUAUCACCAAUCACUUCUACAUUGAUCACAUCAUCUACUGAAGAUCCCAGAAGGAGGAAGACAACCCCAUUCCAGGCACAGCCACUCACAGACUGCAGGAGUAUUCCCAAGCAAAGAGAGGAACAGGAGCCCAUUGUGGGUAUACAAAACAUAAAUCGGUGUGUUCUGGAACUUUGCCGAUUCUUUCAACGAUGCCUAUGCAAAAUUAAGAGAAGAAUUCAAUCACAGAGAGCUGUCAUAAUGUAUUGCAUUGAUCACUACUCCUGGUACCAGGCACAAAAGAAUAACAUCUGCAGGGUCACAAAGAAAUCUUCUAGGUUGAAAUCUUUGAAGAAGAUAUGCCUGUCAAAAAUCUGCAAAUCAAACUGACUACCAUAAAUUAAGAAAAGAAAUAGUCUCAUGAAACUAUGAGCCACUUUGGAAUUUUCUGGAAAAAUGAUAUCUAUCUAUUAGCAAUAACUUUUUAAUGAUAUUGUGUUAAAUGGACAUGGUGUAUUCAGUAACAUGCGAGGUAGUUGAUAUACGUACAUUGAUCAAUUAAUCAAUAUGCUCUAUUUUAAUCCAUCAAAUGUUAAAUGUUAGUCAAAAUUGUAAUGCUUAAGAAGAGAUUUGGACUUAAAAAGAUUAAAUUGUUAAAGGCU